AUGUCUGACGGUCUCAAUGAUGCCCGUGCCAUGCGCAUUGCAGAGAUCAUGACCGACUUCCGCAACCUACAACACUACCUCGUCCAGUUACGCGCCACUCCCACAGCAGAAGAGUAUUACCUUGAGGGUUACUCUCUGCUACGACAAUGCACCAGCGAGGCACAGGCCAUCCUACAGACACCCUUUUCUGGCAGUGCCAGUACGGGUUCAGGGGAUCCGGAGGCAGAGAAGCAACAACUGAGAAACAUCAUCACAGACGCCGCUGUGCGACGCUUCCAAUGCCAACGCGCUUACCUACGAGCCCACGCUGGCCUGCGGUGGAUGAACGCCCGCAACAGCGUCUUGCGUGGCCAGAGGCCCAACGCGAGCCAUCUGGGUGCACUCCAGCAGGCUGACGCUACAAUGAGAAACGAACUCCUCGCAAUCAGCGAUGCCUAUGUCGAGAACACGCUGCGCGCCGCAGACGCCUCGCAGGGCAAGUGGCUGAAUGAAGAUCCUUCGCUGGCACAGAUCCAACAGAUACUUAUGACUCGACGAUGA